AGGUUUGAAGUGUUGAACGACACUAUUAAACCUUUCUGGGGUCAUGCUGCAUUGUCUUGGAUUGCACCUGGAUUUCCUUAGGACAGCAGAUUAAACCUAUUGUGUGACCAUAAGUGGUCUUCCAGUUUUAGGUAACUUACGAUUUCUGUCUACCCCCAUAUACCCUGGGACAUUGACUGCGGAAGGAGGGGGCGGAUGAAGCCCACAAACCACAUCAGACCCUUUAUCUCCAUCUCUGUCUGGUAAAAACACAUGUUUCUUGAAUGAAGUGCAUCAUUACAGAGCUACAGCUUCUUGCCAUGAUGGAGAAAUUAUGCGGAAUCUGCUUAACCUUCUUUUAUGUCCAAAUAUGUCUCUCAUUGGCAUCCAACGAUAAAGUCGUCACUGAGGUUGGAAAAAAAGUAUCACUGCCUUGUGGUAAAGAAACUAAUGGAGAUAUCGAAUGGUUUCGGAAUGAAAGGGUCUUAAUAAAAUACACAAAAGGCAACAAAUAUUAUGGCCCUAAAGUAGAAGAUAAGAAUCGUUACAGUGUUCCGUCCCAUGCUUCCAAUGACCUGACCGUGAUGGAUGUUAGGACUGAAGAUUCAGACACUUAUACUUGUCGGCUUGGAGGGUCCGUAUUCAGAACUGUGAAACUCUUCGUUGUUCAAGUAUCCAUACGACCAUCUACCAGUCUUCUUCCAUCAGAAGACCUGGUAUUGGAAUUGACACCAUCAUCUUCAUCAGUUCCGGGACUCCAAGUCUCAUGGGAGAAGGAUGGGAGUGUGAAGUCAGAGGAUCCUGAAUUGAAGGUGUACAAUGUGCAAUUAAACAGCAGUGGUGAUUACGUGUGCCGCCUUAAGAUGGAUGGUGGAAGUGGACUAGACAUCACCAGACAUAUCAAAAUUUUCGGUUUCCAUGACUCUCCGUCCAUAGUCUAUACAUCAGGAACGAACCCUGUCACCGUCCCGUGGAUCUUCAACUUCGACAUUCGAAGCAAACCCUUGUCCUCGGAUGUCCACGUAGUAGAAGGGUCCAUCAGUUAUUCAUCUCAAAUCCUCAAUCAACUUCAGAUGACGGAAGGCGCAGCAGGUUGGGCUGCAAACAGUCAUUCGAAGGAUGCAUCUGCGAAACAAAACGACCUGAGCGUUUAUCUUCUGAAUCCUAAAAGUGGCGAUUAUCAGAUGGAGAUCGUUCUAAAGAUCGGGAAUAGAAUGAAGAAUCUGACGAGAAAGGUGUGCGUGGCCAGUCUCACAGUGUCUGAUUCAAGAAGUGACAUCAUCCUGGAUGCCCAAGCUCCUCUCCAGUGUCGAGUAAACUGCAUUGACAUCAAUGCAAAACUGUGUUGGAAUCAAUGGAACACAAGUCAUGGCAUAUGUGGACAACAGGGACAAAGCUCCUUAGAUAUAGUCACAGCUGUAAAUGAGAGUGAGGCCAUCUGGACCUGCAGUGUCAUCAAGGGGAAGGAGAGGCUGAUCAGUGCCACUGUCACUCUAGCUGUGGAGUCAGAUUUUUUGGUCUUAUCUAAUUCCAUGUUCUGGGUGGCAGUUGGAGUCGGAAUCGUCAUACUUUUACUAAUUGUGGUGAUUUUAACCCUUGUAAUCGCUCGGAAUCGCAGGGUGAGGCGGGCACGGCACAGGGCAUGGCUGUUACAGAACUUGCACCAGCAGAGGAAAUGUGAGUGUAAAGGAUUUGCACCCCAGCGGCUCAGAGAGAAGAUCUGAUUGUGUCUGAGGUCCUGCAGACUACAUUGUACAGAUCGCAACUGUCAUACUUUUGCAGAGCAUUUCGUCCUUGGAGGCCUGCAGAGGAUCGCUUAUGACCAGUGUUUGCAGAAUGUUGUUGUAUUGUCGCACUCAUCCUAAUAAUUAAGGGGCUCUUUGGUGCGAGCAAUAUCACUGCAACGUGACAAGACAAUGCUUGCUGCAACUGAGGACAAAUGUCAGGCAUAGAACUCAAUGGAGGCGCAAAACACUGCUAAUGUAACCCAGCAUACCUGAAUAUUAGUCCUGCAGAACAUUGCUCUACCUUACUGUGCUACUCUGCAGACUGCCGCAUUGUGUUACCUUAUAGAUUGUGUUGUAUUAAUCUGCGGACUGUUACAUUGUAUUAGUCUACAGGCUGCAAAAAUACAACAAAAACAACAAAAAACAAUGUUAGACCCACACCUCCAUAACAAUAUGAAAUGAACGCAUUGGUGACAUGCAAGUAGUGUUUGUUUGCUCUGCAGACUGUUGCAUUGUACUGCUCUGCAGACUGUUACAUUGUACUGCUCCGCAGACUGUUACAUUGUACUGCUCUGCAGACUGUUACAUUGUACUGCUCUGCCGACUGUUACAUUGUACUGCUCUGCAGACUGUUACAUUGUACUGCUCUGCAGACUGUUACAUUGUACUGCUCUGCAGACUGUUACAUUGUACUGCUCUGCAGACUGUUACAUUGUACUG